AUGGCAUCAGAGAACGUACAGGAUUUGUCAGCAUUUGAAAUGCCAUUUCCACACUGGUAUGUGGAUGAUGAGCCUUCUUUAGAAGAUUGCGAGAACAUGAGUCUAUAUGAUGUGAACAGAACCAAUCUACAGACCGUGUACAACGUCAUUUAUGGAUAUAUGCAGAACAAUUACGACCCACACUGGGACAGUGGUAACAGGACGUUAUUAUGGUGGCUGAACGACACCGGGGAAAACUCACUUCUCCACAACGCCAGGCUGUUUUACUCUUACUGUACGCCGUUAGUAAUAGUCAUCGGACUUUUAGGGAAUGCUCUCUCGCUGUGUGUGUUUAUGACCAAGAACCUGCGCAGUCUCUCUGCCAGUACAUAUUUGUCUGUCCUGUCCGUGUCAGAUCUUUUGACCUUACUGUUUUACGUCACGGUGGAAUGGCUUCGGCGGGGACUUGUCUACCUGGAUCCGGAAAUGAGGAACAAAACCCUUUUCUUCGAUGAAAAUGUGGUAUGUCAGUUCCAGCAGUAUAUGGCUUAUGUUUCUAGGCUUCUGUCGACAUGGAUUGUGGUUGCGUUUACAUUGGAGCGGUACAUUGGCGUUUGCUGGCCAUUACUUAGAAAAAUAAUUUGCACCAAACGCGGAACUAAGCGCAUUAUUGGUGGCAUUAUUGCGUCUUCAACGAUCGUUGUUCUCUACAAACCUAUUCUAAGUGCCAUUUAUGUUAGUGCUAAGGGGAAUCGCUACUGCACCACGGCCGAAAACUACAGCUUUUUGUCUUUUAUUCUGGACAGUAUUUAUGCCAUUUUGAUGAGCAUGAUACCCUUUAUAGUCAUAGUAGUCCUCAACAUCCUGACCAUUCGGAAGAUCUUGUCAAGGAAUAAGAAACGAAAAAGCCAUAACAACAUAGUAACUGAGGAGAGUGUAAUUCGACUGGAAUUCACCAUUAUUUUAUUGGUAGUAUCAUUCUGUUUCAUCGCCUUCAACGUGCCAUUUUUUGUAGUGUGGUUGCGGACCUUCCUGCAUUCCAAACACCUCUCCAAUACAGAGGAUUUAGCCGCAUAUGCGGACCCGGAUGUAGAUUAUUGGCAGGGAAUUCUAUAUAUAACAAGAACCAUUUUCAAUAUGAACUAUUGUAUUAACUUCUUUUUGUACAUCAUUGCGGGUGCAUACUUCCGACGAGAAGUUAGAAUGUUGUUUUCGCGCCAUUCCUUUCGAGAUCUACCCUACUCUCUUUGCUCUCUACGUCUGAACACCCGUUCAAACACUCGCACGCAUAAGACAUAUCUGUGAAUCAGGAUCAUCGGUGCAUUGGAAUCAUAAGCUUUUAGGCAUUCGAUCUCUCACUUUUGAAGUAAAACAGUCUACAACUAUUGUACAUGUAUAUUAAUGAGAGAGUCAAGAAGUGCAAGCCAACCGAGGGAACUAGGCUUGCUGAAUGCUUGAAGGGAAUGGAAUCUUGCUGACAACCUCAAUGCUUAAAUACGAUAAAA